AGGGACGGGGAAAAGGGCCAAAGGCGCGGAAGAAGGCGCCGAUUUAAUAUUAUGGAUGGAGGCACGUCCGGAAAACGGCAGAGAAAUCCGACCUCGAGUCGGCUUUUGCGGUCCGGAGGAGGAGCGUCGAGCGCAGAAUGCAGGUGGCGCAUGUGCUCGUGCUGGUGGCGCUCUUCUUUCCCGCGGCUUGUCUUUUUCUGUUUUGCUGCGCUCUUUCGUUCGUCUACUUGCUGUGGGCGACGUUGCGGGGGCGCGGGGGAGCGGGUUGACGUGGUGGAGCCCGGUGGGUCGGUCGGUCGGUCGGUCGAUCGAUCGUGCAUGCGGAGGGAGGGAGGGAGCAGCAGGCAGGCAGGGCAGGGGUUUAGGGUUUCCAUGCUGGCGCCUCGACGCAGCGAUCGAGGCUUCGGGCGGAGUUUUGAUCGGUGCUGCAAUUCGACCGGGGGUCAGGGCCGGCAUGGGGCGUGGCAGUGGCGAUGGAUAGGGGGCAGGCGACGAUGGCCCGGGCUGUCGUGGUCGUAGGACCUGUGGUGGUGGAGGCCGGAGGCGAGGAGGACGGGGCCUGGAUCGCUGGGCGAGCAGCAGCAGCAGUUGUUGAUGUGAUGUGGGGAAUGGGAAUUGCGGAUUGCGCCGUGGGGGCAGACCGGACUGCGAUCGGGGGGCGGGUCGGCGCGAUGGGGCGGACGACAGUGGCUGAUGCACAUUGCUGACUCCUCGGGGCGAUUGUGCGAACGGGGGUGAUGACUCUGACUUCGCUUGAUGGCUUUCAAGAGCAAGAAAGCGGGAGGGGACUCGGAGGAUUACAAACCCUGUCAACACCUGCUGGAUUAUAAAGCCAAGUAUGGAAUUCAAGCGUUCCGUGUGUUGCAUAAAUGCCUGAAGACCGGGCCUCCGGGGCGGGCGAGCAUCCGACGGGAGGAGAAAGAAGUUCCUCGGUGUGCCAUUUGUGGAAAGGCGCAAGGCAGACUCUACGCCUGCUUGGUUUGUGCGACCAUCGGCUGCUGGCUUCCACCGGAUCAACUUCACUCGCGCGUGCACGCCCAGACGAAUCCCGGGCACGAUCUAGCCGUGGAUGUAGACAGGGCCGAACUUUUCUGUUGCUUGUGCAACGAUCAAGUUUAUGAUGCCGACUUCGACCGAGCCGUUAUCGGAGCACAGAGUCUCGUAGCCCUCUCCGGGAGGGUAAAUGGGAAAGAAGGGCCACAGAACGGAGCAGAAAGUACAACAGCAGAUGUAAAAGUAGGUCGCAGCAGUAAAGGUGGACUUUCUCUGAAGAAUUCGGACAACAAAGUGCCGAGUGUAAAUGGUCUCGAUGGGAAUGAGUCUGAUAGGAAAGAUGGCGAUGAUGGAAGGGACAGGAAAAGGAGGAAAGGAGCCGAAUUUAAAACCUGGGUUCCUACACAAUCGGAUCUUCUGACAAUUAGGCAAGGGUCCACCCCAUUGGUCGAAGACGCCAAUCUGCCAUCGGGCCUCAGAGGAUUGAACAAUCUGGGAAACACCUGUUUUAUGAACUCCGUGCUUCAGGCCUUGCUCCACACUCCACCUUUGCGGAACUACUUCUUGAGUGAUCGGCACAACAGGACGAUCUGCCAACGACGCGCCACGCAUCUUUGUUUGGGUUGUGAUAUGGAUACAAUUUUCUCUGCUGCCUUCUCUGGCGAGCGCACUCCUUACAGCCCUGCCCAAUUUCUUUACAGUUGGUGGAGACAUGCGGCCAAUCUUGCUGGCUACGAGCAGCAGGAUGCACACGAGUUUUUUAUCUCAACUGUGGAUGGCAUACAUGCCAAUUCUGGCACGACGUCUCCAAGAGCCCGAAAUUCACAGACCGGCAGGGGAGGCGACGUUGAUUGUCGUUGUAUAGUUCAUCGGGUCUUCUCUGGCCUUCUACGAUCUGACGUCACUUGUACAGUUUGUGGAUUCACAUCCACCACCUACGAUCCUUGUGUCGAUAUCUCCCUGGACUUGGAGCCGGAUAUACGCCCUGAUUCCAAAGUCUUUAUGGAUUCCAUCAUUGGAAACUUCGACGGUGGCCGCUCGAGUCGAGGUUCAACUGCUAAUGGGAUCACCGGUAACUCCACCCUUUUAGGAUGUUUGGAUCGAUUCACAAGACCUGAAAGGCUUGGAGCGAAUGAGAAGUUUUUUUGUCAGAGGUGUCAGACUCGACAAGAGUCCAUAAAGCAGAUGUCAGUCCGAAAGCUACCACUUGUACUUUGCUUCCACAUCAAGAGAUUUGAGCAUUCUUCUACAAGAAAUACUUCGAGAAAGGUCGAUCGUUAUAUGCAAUUUCCAUUUUCCCUGGACAUGGCGCCAUAUAUCUCUUCGGCCAUUGUAAGGUCUCGGCAUGGAAACAGGUUAUUGUUUGUAGAAACAGAGGAGAUGUGGGCAUCACAGAGCCCAUCGACUGAGUUUGAGCUCUUUGCGGUGGUGACACAUUCUGGAAAGUUAGACUCUGGGCACUAUGUGUCAUUUAUCCGUCUGGCUGGACAAUGGUACAAAUGUGAUGAUGCUUGGGUAACGCGAGUAAGUGAGGAGGUUGUACGCGCUUCUCAAGGGUACAUGUUGUAUUAUGUCCUGAAGACACUGUCCUACAAGAGUAGUGAUUUUCAAGAUUCGACAGCCGGCCAUGAAAGUGAGGCCAAUGGCAAUCAUGGUUAUACCUGGAGCUCGUCUGGAGUGACCAACGGAACCUGAUACUUUCUUUAGGGAUAUCUUGGCAAUUCUGACUAGUGUGAAGCGGUAUGGCUUCGUUGCCUUUCUAGAAGAUGGGAAGUUGAGGUGGCUGUAUAGUUUCUACGGAAACUCGUUUCGAUACUGGACAUUUACGUCCGUGCUGGCGAAGCGUAGCCUACAGGAAGCCAAGGGUCUGAAGUUGGCCUCUUGAGCUGACCUGCGGUGACCUUGUUUCCCAUACUGCUUUAGGUUUUUCCCGGACAACGAAGUGGGGGCCAAGCUCCAAGAAAGGAAUAGCGAUCCCCAGUUAUUCGUAUUUCGAAGACAUCCACGCAUGGACCUGUUUGUGAUCUUUCAUGAAAGUCGAGGUGCAGCUUAAAAGGCUGGAGAUCCAACCAUAAUAUACGGCGGACGAGGGAUUUUUAAUCUUGAAGGGAAGUACCACAUUUUCAGUCUUCCUCCAUGAACCGGGAUGGAGAUCAUCGACCUUCAUCUCCAACCACCACGUUGCUGUUCCAUAGUCCCGCAGAGUUGUAGGAAGGAAGAGAUACUCGAAUUUGGUGCGAGGAUGUUGUACAGAAGCACUUCCAACCAUUUGUAGGUGGGUUAUGAAAAUUUUACAGGACGAAAUGUUGGUGCAUGGACUUUCUUGAGAACAGGAAUUGAUGCUCUUCCUGACUGUCUGCUGGCUCAAUAGCAGGCUUAGUAAUUGACCUGCAGCAGCUGCACCUCAAUCCUCGUGAACAUCGGAUGUGAACAUCGGCUGAAUGUUAGUAAGUCUCUUCGAAUUAGGAGCACACCUGGCUCUAUUUUUAAAGAACAAGUCCAGGUUUCUUGAUAGUUUACGCAGUGGGCAAAUAUCUGUAUUGACUGCUCCUCAAACAUGUAAUUCAAAUUCCC